AUGGUUCGAGCCCGAUGGCUUGCGAGAAGGCAUCGCGUUGUCACCACUUUGUGUCUUGCCUUACUGCUUGUUGUGCUUUUCCUCCUUACGCUUAGCUUCGAUUGGAACUCGGAGGCUCUGUCAUCCUUGAUCUCCGUCAAGAACCCAGACGACUCGUGUGGUUGGCUUCCUUCGUUUCUUUGUAAUUGGGGUAGCCAGCAACCUUCCUCGUCUUCCUCGGAGCCGUACGAGCCCAAAGCAUCGAAUCCGUCCGGAUCACCCAAGACGGGUCAACCAACUAAUUUGCCCGAGUCUGAUAAGAGGAAACUCGAGUACAUUCGUUCUUAUUAUACAAAACUGAAGGAAAAUAAACAGAGGUUAGAGAAGGGUCAGAAGUUCUACGAUGGUAUCUUGAAUAUCGUCAGACUGGCCAAGCCUGAAUCAGUCUUGCAGCAAUCUUAUCCUAACGGUCAAAUGAUAGCCGAGAGAUAUGUUAUGCGUGAUGAAAGUCUACGUACUUACUCAAAGUCAUAUUUGUCUGGAUUCUUGGAGCUUUCAGACAAAGAGUUCAAUGAUCUCAAAACCUCUCACGAUUAUGUCAUCGACAAGUUUCCCGAGAAGGCUCCUGCUGGUUUAUAUUCAGGCGAUGGUAUCGUCUUUGUCGGGGGUGGCAAGUUCAACUGGUUGACUUUGCUCUCAAUUCGUGCCUUGCGAGCUGAAGGCUGUGCAUUACCAAUCGAGAUUUUGAUUCCAACGAUCGAUGAAUAUGAGCUUCAACUUUGCUCUAGAGUAUUCCCUGCUAUGAAUGCUCGCUGUAUCUACCUUCCAAUGCAAUUCAAAGGUGAGCAACUGUCUGCAACUAAGCUUGAAUUUAGUGGUUAUCAGUACAAAUGCUUGGCGAUUUUACUUUCCAGUUUUGAAAAUGUCUUAUUAUUGGAUAGCGAUAAUGUUGCUGCUUAUGCUCCAGAUCAUUUAUUCAAAAAGAACCUUUCAUCUCGACUGGUUGCUAAUGUCAAGCUAAGUCAAACUGAAUUGCUUCCAAAAUACGACGAGACUUACGGCGAAUACCACCCUCAAUCUCAUCAAGAGCCACUUGACCUUGAUAAGAUUCCUUUGCAUGAAAGACUAGGUGCCAUUCCCGAACCAUCGUCUGAAUCGGGACAGCUUAUGAUUUCCAAGAAUUCCCACAUGAAAGAACUUCUAUUGGCACUCUACUACAAUUACUAUGGUCCUUCCCAUUACUACCCACUUUUCUCGCAGGGAGCACAGGGAGAAGGAGACAAGGAAACAUUCCUUGCCGCCACUAUCGUGACUAGCAAGAGCUAUUAUCAGGUCGGUAAGUUCGUGGACGCAUUGGGAAAUAUUCGUGACAAUAAUUUCAAUGGUAAUGGCAUGGGCCAGUUUGAUCCUGUGGAGGAUUACAAUUGGCAAAAGAAGAAGGAGGAACUUCGAAAGACGUUAUCGGGUGAUGAAUACUAUGAAGCUAUUGGUAAACUUCCGAAGCCAAAGAUGAUCUUUGUGCAUGCUAACGUGCCAAAAUUAAAUCCAUGGACAAUGAAGAACAAAUUCGAUACAGUGGAUGAAAAUGGUAACCGUUACCGUCUCUACGGUUUAGGCAUGAGAGAGAGAACAGGUGUCGAUUUCGAAGGAGUUGUAUGGGGUCAUAUGGAUACUCUUUUGUGCGUUCUCAAUCUCGCUAUUGACGCAUUCAAGGACAUCGACCGCAAGGAGCUUUGCGCUGAAAUCAAGGAGCAUAAAGAAUGGCUCAAAUCUACUGAGCACACUCUUGAAUAA